GGGAAAGUUUUACUGUCGCGAAAAAGGAAAUUACGAGAAGCUAUUGUGUAAAUUACCUGUAGGCCUCGGUGGUUCUCUGUAUAACGGUUAUACGGUUUUAUUUGUCUGUACCCUGUGAAUGAACACGAUGAGCGAACCGGAUAGUCUUCGUGAGACCCCUCUCAAUGGAACUAAUAGGGUAUCUCCCCCAGUUAUUACUGGUUUCCUCGAGAUGAUCCCCACCUUUUCGAAUACUAGUAGUGACUCUAUGAAUAUACGCCAAUUUUUCCAAACAGUCGACAGUGUUGCCCGCAUAGCCCGAUGGGAUCCGGAAGUAAAGAUUGUGAUAUUGCAGGCCAAACUCAAAGGAAGACCACUGUCUACAUUCUUCUCCUUACAAGACUUGUACCCUCAUUCUUUCGACGAUGUGAAGGAUAAUUUAAUCAAGUGCUACGACAGGGCUGAAUUCCAGGAGAAAAGCGCAUUAGACCAACUGCUGGGCAUUCGACAAUUAAGGGAAGAGAAGGUAUGUGAUUAUGCUAUUAGACUUUAUACCAUGUUUAACAGGGCUGUAUCUAAAAAUAACCAAGUUUCGUUGCUCCGUGACAAUGUCGUGAUGAAGAGAUUCAUAAAAGGGCUACAUCCCCAGCUCCGUGAGCACGUACUCCACGGCGAACCUAAAACCUUAAAUGAAGCUAUCGAUAUCGCGGAACGUAAAGAAAAAGUCGGAAAUGAGAGUGGGAACCUCGGAAACAAUAGAACCAUUUCCGUUAUACAAAAUCCAAAGAAUGAGUGCGGCGAUAAGGUGGAAAACGCUAGUGCCGAGGCAGAGAAAAACGACAGAUUAGCUCGUUUGGAAGCCGCAGUGAGUUCACUGUGCGAAUCUGUCGCUCAACUGGCCGAGAAUAUCCAUGCGGGACAGAGAAUAAAGCAAUCGGGGAGUAGGCGAUGUUUCAUAUGUAACGAUCCGAAUCAUCUAGCGAGCAAAUGCCCUAAGCGAAAACCUUCAAAUUUAAACUAAAUAUGGAACAGAAUGAAUGCCAGCAAUCUGUUCCCAGCUGUAGAAUAAGUCUGGCUGGUGUGGAUAUAUCUGAGAAGGGACUCCCGAUUAUAAGAGGGACCAUGCAGCAGCCGGAUGUGGCACUGCUGUGUGAUACGGGCGUUGAGAAAUCGGUAAUGGACACCGAUUUACUGCAUAGAUUAGAGCUCCAGCACGAAAACGGCCCUAUCUUAGAAAAGAGGCGAGAAUUCGGGGAUCAACGGGCAUAUUUCUGUCUCUGAAUGGACCUUGAAGUAGAUGUUAGUAAAGGCUAUGAGGCGGUUGAUUUGUUAUCUUCAUGUAUAAGGCAUUUCUUGAUAAUUGUAAACUUUACUUUUAAUAAGAUAUUCAAAUAUAGCUGGAUAUUCCA